AUGAUUUCAAGUAGUCUUUGUAUUUCAGAAAAAAUUAGAAAGCUUCCGAAUAUUCAUCCGAAAUUCCGGAAGGUAGUAACUGGACUUCCGGCUGGAACCAAUUUAGAGUUCCUCGGAGUCUUUUAUGUGCUCUUUCUUUCCUCAGCCAUUCCUUUUCGACCGGACUUCCAUAAGGAACGAGAACAAGCUCUGAGAUCAUUCAAAAGUGGUAACACUCCAAUUUUAGUUGCAACAGAUGUAGCAGCACGUGGUCUGGAUAUCCCACAUGUCGCACAUGUGGUGAAUUUUGACCUUCCAAAUGACAUUGAUGAUUAUGUCCAUCGUAUUGGACGGACAGGGCGAGCUGGGAAAACAGGGCUGGCUACCGCCUUCUUCAACGAGAACAAUGCCUCUAUGGCAAGGGCAUUGACAGACUUAAUGCAAGAAGCAAAUCAAGAAGUACCUGCUUGGCUGUCCCGCUUUGCAGCUCGAUCUCCCUAUGGUGGAGGGAAGAAUCGUCGUGGGGGAGGUAGGUUUGGUAGUCGUGAUUUUCGAAGGGACUCCUCUUACAACAGAGGUAGUGCAGACUUCUAUGGUGGGGGCAACUUCAAUGGUGGAUAUGGGGCCUCUGCCGGUUACAGUGGAGCAUAUGGUCCUGGGGUAACUAGUGCAUGGGACUAACAUCCCUCAAUUUACCACACUUAGCUAUUUGAGGCAGACCUCUCUCCCCUUGCCUCUCUCUCUGUCUGUCUCUCUUCACCAUUUCCUUUUCUUUUCUAAUCUAUGUUAGUAUUUACAGUCCAUCAGUAUGUACCUGGAAGUUUUUCUCUUCAAUGGAGUGUGGGAUGUUUGGUAUUGGCACCGGGAGGAUAAAGAUGUUAGAUAAGCUGGUAAUGGUGAAUAACUACUAACAGAUUAGCGAUACUUUUGACUUCUUUUGAUUUCUGCUUAAUUUAUGGUGGGUGAUAGGUUUUAGAGUAUGUGAUGGGAGGGGGAGAGGGUAGAUUAUGUUUUAGCCUCUUAUGCUGAAAACUAGUAAUAUUUUUAUCUCCAUGUUGAAAACGUACACUUCACCCUUUUAUGGUUCCAGACUAAGUGUAUUAUGGUGAGAAUUUUCGUUAAAAUUGGAGGU